UCAGAUUCUGGCCAUUGCUGUUGCUGUGUGGGUGUGUCUAUGAGCCAACUUGACCAAGUCGACUUGCCUGCUUGCCUCGGUUGUGGCGAGGCUGUGUGCAUGACAUAUGCCAUAUGCCCGUACAUACAUGGCACUAUAGACUCGCCGACGACAGCACACACACUCUCAGCAGGCUGGGUACUAAGGUGCAGCAGCGUCGAUGACCUGCAUUUCAAUUACGAAAAACACACGUCGGGACGCAGCAGAGAGGGAAAAAUUUUCCAUUUUGACCGCGUGCUGAGUCGUGCAGGCGCAUAUGCCGUCGGAAGAUGGACGGGAGAGGAAAUGAAUGCAUCGCCUUCAGCAGUCAAAAGCCGGUCCAUGUCUUGGAUCGGGGACGGUGUCUGCAGGGAGCAGCAGUACUACACAGUGAGUGAACGAGAAGAAUCCAUGUGCGAGAAGAGCGUGGGGAAGUCAACAGCAGUCGGCCAGGAACCAUCAUCCACAGAAUUGCUUGCUGGGUUCAAGGAGGCCGGGGGAUUAGCAAAACUUGGCCUCAAUAGAAUGUAUUCCGCAUCGUUGGGUCGUGUUGCCCAUGUCUGCCGGCGCAUGGCUUACCUAGUACAUACAGUAGACAACCUACAGGCUGCAGGCAGGGAGCUGAUUUGGGCUCCUCCCCUCGCCCUCAUUUGAACGGUGGUUGGCGCCGAGAGGGAGCAUGUGGCAGCCACACACAGAGCAGCAGCACUGCGCAGGUCGUCAUUGUUCAUCACAAUUGCCCCCCG